GCUCAGAUGACGGAUACACGUCUUUUUACAAACUGUGAGUUAACGCAAGUCCCGAUCAUACAAUCUCCGCCGCACAUUGUAUAGGCACGCUGCUGACAUAGAUUAUACAAUAUAUCUCCGCAGGACGUGACGCCUCCGUGAACACAGGAGUAGGUCAACACAUGGGUUGAGUCGCAAGUCAAAGGUUGCAAUUGGUUAAUGUAUGUCGUUGAUAUACACGUGUAGCUCUUCACAUGGUGUGUGGGUGCAGGUCAUUUACAAAGGAGUUGUUCGAUCCGUCAUUCGUGAAUUGUGUGGUCAAUAAAGUACCACGAAGAUGUCUUCGCCCAAAGUAAUCAUCUGCUAUUGUAAGAAAGAGAUGUCAGCUAUAAUUCAGGGAGAACUGCCGGGUGCUGACGUCGAGCUGUUCACAAAGCCUUUAUCAGAUUCUGCCUUAGCUGAGAAGGCGGCUGUCCUCUCUCAGGCAGAGGUCAUGUUCGGGUCACCGCCGUUGAUGACGAAUAUCAUCCCACGAUGCACCAACCUCAAGUGGAUCCAGUCGGCAACAGCGGGUGUGGAGACGAUCAUGAAAGCAGUAACAGACAGUGAGGUCAACACGGACAUCAUAGUCACCCGCAACGGAGAAACUUUUGCCAAGUCAAUGUCCGAGCACAUUCUGUCACUGAUACUGGCUUCGAACAGAGGCCUCUACAAGUGUAACGACCAGCAGAGGCAGGCGGUGUAUAAGCGACAUAACCUUCUUGCAAAACCCCUUUCCUUAUCGUCAGUUGGGAUUUUAGGCCUUGGCUGCAUUGGUAGAGAAACUGCCAGAAGAUGCAAGGUCUUUGAACUGAAGGUGUGGGGCAUGACACGAGGUGCAGUGGCAGAAGAUAAGAAGUCCCCGUAUGUUGACGAAUACAGGACGAUGAGCGACUUACAUGAGAUGUUAUCUGAAUGUGACUACAUCGUGAACAUACUACCGUCGACUGCAGUGACUCGUGGGCUGCUGGCGGGAGAUGUGUUUUCUCACUGCAAGCGGGGUGCCACUUUUAUCAAUGUUGGACGAGGUGAUAUAACGGAUGAAGAGAGUGUCCUUAAGGCUCUCAGGAACAAGUGGUUACAGUAUGCUGCACUGGACGUCCACAACCCCGAGCCGCUGCCAGAAAGUAGCCCCCUGUGGAGCGAGCCGGGGGUCAUCAUAACGCCCCACAUGUCUGGCGGGCACAUAUCGAAUCAAGGUUUCGUACAAGACAGAGCCGAUAUGUUUGUGAAACAAUAUCGCCGCUACGUUAACAACCAACCUUUGGAAUACGUAGUUGAUGAGGACAGAGGCUACUGAUGACGGCCCAAGUAGCGUUUAACCGAAGAGAAGCCCAGUAAACAUAUAUGACUUUAAAGGAGGUUAAAUAGAUGGAAACAUAUUCCUAACGAGACGUAGAUAUCAAGUAUGCAUAUAUUUCUUUUAUGGUGGAAAAGGUGAUGGGUGAAUGUUUCUUCACGCCGCGGCCAGCAUUACUCAAGGUACACCAUGGCGGACUGUUGUGUCGCAGUCAGGUAAACCAGUGGUACCCAUGGCCAGCAUGUACAACGCUCCAUAUCAGGCAUUGUGACGUUAUUAUCAUCACUUCAGUCGGCUCUGUCGUCGAGCCUAGACACGAGGGACCCAACGGUCAAACUCACUGACUAAAUGUAUGCUAAAGCGCAAAGUUCGAGAUUAAAGGGUCUAAAUGAACAGAAACAACGAUUCGGUAUGUAUUCGUGCUAGGAUAUUUCCAGGAAUGUGAAAGUAGUCCGUCAGUGUUAACGUUAUUUCAAGAAUACAGUCGCGUGAAAAAAGCAUUAACGUCAAAAUGCGUCGUUCAUAUACCCUUUAACGUCAGUUUCGUGGUCAUGUGACAAAACUAUCGUCCAAAGGAAAAUCCGCAUGUCUUGUAAACUUCACAUUAAAAAGUUAUUCCUUUAUUAAA